AUGUGCGUCCCGUCUGGACUCCUGGUCGCCUUUACUCAGAUAAUCCCAGAGCACCAGAUCCAGCUGUUCGGUAUCAUCAAAGCGCGCGUCAAGGUAGGACGAUCCAAGGCUUUCGUUGCCGCUGACGACACACAGACGAUCCCAGGCAUAUUUCUUCUGAUCUCCAACGUCCUUGUCCUUGUUCUGGGACCUUCACCCUAUAUCCUAAUCCAGUUCGGAUUCUUCGUAGCGUGGGUCUACUUAAGGUUCUACAAGUUGUCCGAGAAUGGAGAGUAUCGGGGGGAUCGGAGCGAGACUUUCGCUUUCCAGUACUGGUUGCCACCUCCUGUGCGGUACGUCCUGUUCCGACUUGUGCAGGCAUGGGACGAAGCCCAGAUCAACGCAUAUGCCGCUUUGCCCGGACCGGGAGGAGCCCGGGCCGAAGCUGAACGUCGACGAGCUGUAGCCCUUCGGGCACUGGAUGCGAGACUGGCUUCGUCUUCUCCUGGCCCCUCAACACCAGCUGAGGCCAUUGCGAAGGCUGUCCCCCAAUCGAGCGCAACCGACCAAGCAUCUCCCUCUUUAUAG